AAUCAAAAUAUUUUGAUUGUUGUUGUUGUGAAAAUGUCAUUGGUUUUUUUACCAAAAAAGUGGUGAAAAUUUUGGGAUUAACAAUGAGAUUUAAAGUAAUACAAGAACCCGUGGGUCCCUUAAUCUUUUGUUAAUCCAAUAUCUCUGGGACUCUUAUCCUUUUGUCAUCAUAAUCAUCCUUUGUAUUUCUGCCCUAAGGCGAUAAGAAAAAGUUUCAUCUCUUCUUAACCUUUUAUCUUCUUAUUUUUUUUCUUCAUCUUCUCUCCUACUCAUUGAAAGACUUUUUUUUUCCAAGGUACAUCACCAUUGUCAUCCUCAUCUUUUACCUGUGAAAAAAAUGUCAUUUCAAGAGUGUAAAUAUUUCAUCUUCAUUCAUUGUUGUAAUGGUUGGUCACCUUUUCUCAAUCAACUGACCAAAACAAUUCAUAUUGACACUUUAAUUACUUUCAUCUUCUCAAGUGAAUAUGUAAUAUGAUUUUUUUAAGGAAAAAAAAACUCAUUGAGAUUCAUUUUCAUGGGUUACAAGUUCCAACUGAUUCAGUAACUUCCCAUGUGAAACUUAUCUGUUCAAUGAUUUAAUUAACUAUUAUCAUCUCCAUCGUCCAUUGUCUUAAUCAUGGUGAUUCACUCAACAAUCAAGUCUAUUGAGAAAAAAAAGAAAAGUAUAAUUUAUGAAUAAUCAGUGAUUAAUUGUUCAUCAAUGAAAUGGAUUAUCUAACUCAAUCAAUUGGUAAUCUUCAAGGUGAUCUGGAGAUUGGUUUUCAAUCACAAAAAACGAUCACAAUUAACAGAGAAUCAAAUUCAACUCCUUUACAUCCUAAUCUAAUUAAUGGUGAUUCUGAUGCCGAUUCUGGGAUUGUCGCCUUAGGACCAGCAAGAAUUGGCUCAUCUUCAUCAACUGACACCGAUCCCGAUGUCACUUUGGCCUGUAAAUAUGUCGCUAAAUCAUUGACAUCUUCAUCUUCCUCAUCCUCAUCAUCUUCAUCAUCCAAUCGAGAUUCAAUUGCACCUCCACCCAUAUCAACACUUUCUUUCAAUUCGGAUAAAAGAAAACCAAUUUUCCAACGAGUUCGAUUCGAUGAUCAACCGAAACCUUCGGUAACCGAUUUUACUUUGCGAAAAUCAUUUCGAGAACUGUUCAAUUCACCUACAUUAAUGGUCAACAAUAAUGACCAACGAUCAAAAGAAGGAACAAAAAGAUCAACAAACGAUUCAACAAUCAGAAAUUCAAACAACAAUCAACUAAUUGUUUCGUCAAGCGAUUCAAAGACAACUUCAUCAAUAUCGAAUUUGAAUAAUCAUUAUUCAUCUUCAUCACUUUCCAAAGAAACUCAUCCUCUAGCUCAUCGACGAUUAACUGUUCCUUCACCGUUGAACCUUAAAUCGUCAACAUUAUCGACUACAACAAUUAACAAGCCAACAACUGAACGAUCAUGGUCAACACUUCCUCGAAAUAAUAAAAUUAAUUCCAAUGGUAAAUGGACCAAUACAAUCAAUCGAAACAGCUUGAAUAAUGAUAUAAAUCGCGGGAAUAAUUUACAAGCACCAACAAUAGUAAAUGGAAACGGACGAAUUGGUGAAAAAAUCGAUUCCAAUGGAACAUUGAAAAGAUCAUUUUUCGAUAAUAAAAAACCGGAUCUCAUCGAGUCUCAUUCAAUAAGCACCAAAUUAAACUCAUCGUCAUUCAAAUUACCCGAGUCUUCAAUCAAUCUAUCAACAUGUUCAUCGUCCAAUUUACCUCAAGUACAGUCAACAACAAUGUCCAAAAGUCGUAGUUGUGCAACUCUAAGUAACAACAAUAAAGGUCAGUUGAAGGAAAAUUCAAUACAAACCAAUGGAAGUUCAAACAAUGAGCCGAAAAUUACUAAAUUGUGUACAAUUGAUCCUUUGGAAUCAACUGAUUCAAUGGUCUGUGCUUUUGCCUCAGUGGCAAAUGUGAUCGCUGAUGAUUGUUCAUCAAUCGUCAGUGCAAAGGGUUGUGUUGAUAAAGCAGUUGCUGCCGCAGUGGCCGCAGUUAAUUAUGUUACAUCAUCAAAUCAACAAGUUAAUUUAUCAACAAAUUCAACUGUAACAACAACAUCAUCAUCAUCAUCAUCAAUCAGAAAAUCAUCAAAUCACUCAACAAGUGUGACAACAAAUGGUCAUUCUAAUGGUCAUCCAUGUAACCAUGAUAAUCGUCAUCUUCACCGUGCUCAUCAUAAUUUUUCUCAUCAAUUUAAUAAUAAUGAUCGCCUUGAGCGAUAUAAUUCAAGUAAUAUAAAAAACGAAAUAGAUUCAGAUGAAAUUGAUGAGGAAGAUGAUAAGCUGGAUCAUCAAUACGAAGCGAUAUUUCCUUGUGGGAAAACAUCAACCUCUAAUCAGGCAACUUCUAAAUUAACAGUAUCAUCAUCAUUAGGAGAAAUGGUAACUCAGGUCAGCUCACAAUCUAAAUCAUUAUCAUCAACAUCGCUCUCAAAAAGAUCCACACCAACAUCAUUUUCAUCGAUCCCUUUGGAGAUGAUGCUGAUUAAAUCAAAGGAAAAGGUAACAAUCGGUAAUAAUUCAGUUGAAAGGGAAUUAAACCAAUCAUCAGUUAAUUCCAAUGAGAGUGAACCAUCAAAUAAUCAACGAAGCAUCUCAAGUAAAAUGAUCAGUAAAUUGAACAACAACAACAUUGCUCAAGAUGAAGAUGAAGAUGAUGAUGAUGAUGAUAAUCUUCAUCCCAAUCAUCAUCAUCAUCAUCAACCACAAUCUCAUGUUAAUAAUUAUCUCAAUGGUGAAAAUGUUGACCCGAUCUCAACCGGAAUCCGUUACAAGUCAAUUCUUAAACGUAGUUCAACAAGUUCACCAAAUUGGCCUCAACAAUCAAUCCAUUUUACUGAAGAAGAGACCGGGACGAAAAAUAGAAAUGAUGAUGGAGAUGAAGAUGAAGAUGGAGAUAAUGAUAAUGAUGGAAAAUCAGAAGAAAUAACUGAUUGUGAUGGAGAAAAAUCAAAUGAAGAAAAUCCUGUUGGUGGAAAUAAUGAAGAGAGAAAAGUGGAUGAGUAUGAGGAGGAUAAAGUUGUCCAGAAAAACGAAACCGAGCCAAUGGCCUUACAGAUCAAUGGUCCGUGUUCCGUACCAAGUUUAUCAUCAUCUGCAUCAUCAUCACCGAGAGUAUCAUCCGCAUCUUUUACUGCCUCUUCCUUAUCCUGCCAACCAAUGAACCAACAACAACAUCACCAAAGUAAAGUUUCAUCUAAAAAUUUAAUCGCCAAUUAUUUACCUGCCAAUGGAUAUUUAACUCAAUCAAAUAGAUUGUCAUUGAUCAAUGAUCAUUCAGAAGCUACUUACCUUCAACCUGAUCAAAUUUAUCCUAAUCCUUUACCAUCAGCAACACAAUCAAUCCCAACAAUUGAAUCAUCAACGUCAUUAAAACUUGAUGGUCAAUCUCAAAGAUAUUCAAAUGAUGAUGAUCAUCACCAUCAACAACAACAACAACAACAAUCAACUAAUGAAGUUGAAUAUGCAAUUAUAACCAAAUCAUUUGAGAAGAAAAAUGUUUCUAAUGAAUCAACUAAUAUUAAUUUUAAUCAUAAUCAACAUCAUUAUCAUUCAUCUCAACCUAAUGAUAAUCGUUCAACUUGCCAACAAUUUACAUCUCAACUCACAGGGGAUAAUAAUAAAUUGUUACAAUCAACAUCAUUAACUGCUGGAAACGUUAAUCCAAUAGUAAAAAUGACUCGAUUUGCAUUAGAUGAAACCGAUGGAGUUAAUUACAACCGUAAUAGCAAUUUAGCUAAAAGCUCAUCGUCAACAGUAAUUACACCUUCGGCAGCUUCAAAUGGUAAUAAUAAUAAAUGGUUAACUAAGCGAUUUGGUGGCCUGAGAAAAGCGAUAUCAAGAGCGUUCAGUAGUGAUCGAUUACCCAAAGAAAAUGGAAUCAAUUUUAAUGAUAAUCUGACUGCUAAUUGCAAGGGAUCAUCAACAUCGUCCGGACUCAGAGGAAUUGAAUCAACUUCAACCAGGGUUAAAAAUUUGAAAAUUUCACCCUCCAAAUCAACACCAAAUCUUAAUUGUAGAUCACAAUUAACUGAUUCUUCUUGCCAACGAAAUCAUUCAAGUGAAGAUUUAACUAUUGAUUUAAAAUCGUUUGUGAAAAGUGUUAAAAAUCGUAUGAGUUUUAGGAGAAAAGAUCAAACCAAAGGAAAAAAAGUAACAACAGACAAAUUAGAUAAUUGUAAAUCUAAAUUGUCAACAAUUAAUCAGCAAAUUGUUAAAAGCGAUCACAAUACUGAUACUAAUCAAAGUAAAAACAAUUGGAUUAGUGAAUCAAAUAAUACCAAAGAUAAUCUUGUCGAUGAUCAAGAGAUUAAUCAACUUUGGGGUGAAUUAAUUGAAUUGCGAUCUGAUGGAUCACAAGUAAUUGAAUUAAAUCGAUCUCAAAAUAAACCGUUCGGCUUUUUCUUGGCAAGAGGAACAGUUAAUAAUGUUAAAGGUGUUUUUGUAUCUCGUAUGAGAGAUGAGCAAACCCAAACCAUAUUAACUGGAUUAAUUGAGAUUGGAGAUGAAAUAAUUGCCAUUGAUGGAUUAGAUGUUAAAAGUUAUCAUAACAUGGGUCAAGUUAAUCAGCUGAUGUCCAACAAAAAACGAGUUGUAUUAACAGUGCGACCUUAUAUCAAUCAGCAUCACGAUUAGUCAAAAUCAUCAUCAAUCGAUAUAAUAAUAAUUCAUAAUUGUAUCACUUUUAACACAAUCAAUUUAUAUACAUAAUUUAAUGUUAUUAGCAAUCAGUCAACCUGCACUUGACCACUAAUUUUGUGUAAUAAUUUUAAUCACCAUUUGAACAGCUUAAUUGUUUUUCAAUUCAUUUUCAUUUUCUGUACUCUAAUAUUGUAAAAAAAUUAAAUUCACUACAAUUUAUCAAUUAUUAUUAUUACAUAGGAUUGUUGCCCAAUCAA